UAUAUUUGCACAUAUUCUAUUGAUAGACCUCGAAAAUAUGACUUUUCCGCAAACAAAUUGCAUUCUUUUUUAAUGUUUUUAUUGCUUUCCUAGUGCUAGCUUGAGAAAGAUUUCCUGAGUACUUUAUACCAGAGUAUGUAAUAGAUUAUCAAAUAUGCAGGUAUAAUACUAUUGAAUGACACAAAAUUAAAUUAAGCACGCAUUCAGUUCCCAAUAUUGUGCAUAAUAUGAACUCAGCUUUGAAUUUAGCGGAUAUUUGAAUAUUUUACUUUUAAAUUAUGAUGGUUGUAAGUAUUUAAGCUCUUUUAGUAUCUGGUAACACUGUUGUUUACAGCAACGAAAAAUUGUUUAAAUAUAUUAUUUCUUUGAUUUUACGUUGUGAUUAUUUAUUUGUGCGAUUCGAUUCGUACAAGAUGAUUUGUCGCUUGUGCCUGCGGUGUCUUAGUCCCGGCAGCGCCGUCUUCCUUUUCGAGACGGAUGAUACGCUGGCGGAGACGCGCUUGGUUAAGAUGAUCGCCAAGUUUCUGCAGCUGGAGAUCCUGCCCGAUGACGGUAUCUCGACUAGCGUCUGCACCGACUGCUGCGAGCACUUAGAGGACUUUAACGGUUUCUGGCAGUUGGUGGAACAGAAACAGUGUUCGCUGAAGAAAGAAUUCCUCACCGUGGACGUUGACUGUGUGGCGAUUAAAUGGACGGGUGGUGUAGAUGUAGACGUCAACAUCGACGAGCUGCCGCUGGCGGCUGGCGACAUGGAUGAAAAGCCACUGGACCUGCACAACCUCAGUCUGCUGGGCAGCGUAUUGGACGUAAAUGUGGACAGUGUAGACGUUAGGGAGCAGGUCAAGGAACAGCUGACCUGCGAGUCCGAGAAAGAGGACGAAAAGCCCUGCCUGCAGGCCAGUGACAGCGAGACGGAGCCGCCUGAGACGCAGUUAGAAGACGACUCUUCGGAUGAUGAGCCCCUGGUCCGUCUGCAAACCAAGAUGAAACCAAAACGCAAGGUCUCGGGUCGUUCCUCUAAGGAUGAGGGUCCUGUUUCUCUGCAUCGCGAGCUCGCCGACCUACUCGACGAUGGCUGCAAGCGUCGACGCAGAAAGGCAUCUGGCCAGCGAGCACCCACCGAAGUGCAAGAAUCCGAGCUGCAGGCCGUCCUUGAGCGCAAGCCCAAGGGUUGCUCGCGCGCUCAGCUAGCCAAAAGCUACGAGGAGGCCAUUGCCAGCUACAUGAGCGCCAACUGCGAUCUGUGCGAUUUCAGCGCUCCUUACCUGUCUGAGCUAAAGACGCACUUUCUGGAGGCGCAUCAACGCGAGUACUACAUAAAAUGUUGUGGCAAAAUCUUCACGCGCGCUUCCAAGCUGAUGGACCACAUCCGCAAACAUGUUAACCCCAAGUUAUUCACCUGCACCAUUUGUCAAAAGUCGCUGAACUCGCAGGACUACCUGGCCACCCACAUCGAGACUGUGCACAACAAGGUCGCCCAGAUAGACAAGGUGCUCAAGUUCCCCUGCCCCAAGUGCGAGCGCACCUUCAGUAGCGAACGUCGAAUGGCCAAUCACUUAGCCAAGCACGACACCGACCAACUGGAACACACCUGCGAAAUCUGCUGCAAAAGCUUUGCCAAUAUACACAGGCUACGGCGGCACAUCCAAUCCAUCCAUGAGGACCUGCACCGUCAUGUUUGCGAUAUCUGCGGCAAGAAGUUUAAGUUUAAGCCCUCCUUUGAGCGUCAUUUGCUGGAGCAUCAGGGUGUGGUGGCGCCGGCAGUGGAGUGUCCAGUGUGCGGAGUGUGGCUGAAGAACGAGCAUAGCUUACGCCUUCACCGCUUUACACACGACAGCACAGACACUGUGUGUCCGCACUGCGGCAAGACAUGUACCUCACGUACUGCGCUCCGGGGUCAUGUGAAAUAUGCCCAUAAGUUGACCACCAAUCUGCAGUGCACGUUUUGCGAGAAAACCUUCAAGCAACAGCGCAACCUGGACGAGCACAUGGCCAUCCAUACGGGCCUGCAGCUGUACAACUGCCCGCAUUGCCCGAAGGAGUGCCGCUCCCGCUCUAACAUGUACGUCCACAUCAAGCAGCGGCAUGCGGACGAAUGGCUUCGCGCCAAGAUGGCGCGUUCGCACAAUCCCCAAUUCAAGCCGGGAUCCACCGACGUUUAAUCCUGAACCUGCACAAAUAUGUCUAACCAUUAUACAUAUAAUUAACUAUA